AUGCCAAUGUCCCACGGCGAUGGAAACUUCCAGACCAACGGAGAUCUGGCCAAAAAGGACUCAAACUCGCAGCAGUCGCUGGAUGGACCCUCCGCAUUUGCGGCGUGCCGGAAACCCCGUCCGGAUGAGAACUCCCUGUCGGCUCGCCAGUACCUCGAGCAGACUGUGGCCCCCGUUUUGCUGCACGGACUGCAGGCUUUGGCCCGCGAGAGACCCAGUGAUCCAAUCAGCUACCUGGCCACCUUUCUCUUGAAGAACAAGAGCCGCUUUGAAGAGUUCAACGUGGACGAGAAUUGACCACUUGAGUUCAAACGCAUUUAUUUUGUAUUAAACCCUGCUGUCAGCCGAUUUAUUCUACACACACCAAAUGCUACUGUGCACAACUUAUCGCUGAUUAAAAGCUGGCACCACUUACCAGCCACGAAUUCAUGAUGA